GAGCGGAAAUUAUCUCUUACAGUAUGUGAAACAUUUUGAGUCCAUGACCCUUUGCUGGUGGAAGGACGUUAAAACAUGCUCCUCUGCUUACCUAUGAGUCAACAUUGGACCCCAAGUAAAUAAAUUUAUUUUACCAAAAAAAAGUAAAUAAAUUUAUGGGUUCACCAAUGGAUUCAACUAUGUGACAUCUUACUGGAGACCUAACCGCAUUAACUUCCUUUGUAAUUUUUUCUAUAUAUAUUCUCAUUCCCACACAAAAGCCUUCCAUAAAAAGGAAAAACUAAAAGUUUCACAUUUUUCUUCUUCUAAAGAUGGCAAUGACAACAAAUCUGCUGGCCACAAGCAAGGCCGUCAAGUUGCAUGGUGUCCGCUUCUUCUCCUCUUUCCUCAGCAGACCGAACCACUUCUUGGCUUGCCGUUUGCCACAGUCGAUCACACGUAGAGUCCAAACUUCUUGUUGUUAUCGUGAAACAUCGUAUAAAUCGCCUGAGCCAGAACCAAGUAGUGUCAGUGAUGGAGUUGGAAUCAUCCGUUUCUUGAAAGGAAAAACCUAUCUUAUUACCGGUGCAACGGGUUUUCUUGGUAAAGUGCUGAUUGAGAAAUUAUUGAGGGCAAGUCCUGGUAUUGGGAAGAUAUUCAUUCUGAUAAAGUCCAAAGAUCAAGAAUCAGCCAACAAGAGACUCUAUGAUGAGGUUUUGUUUCCAGUCUCAUCCUUACUAUUUUUAUUUUCUUUCUUUUUUUCCUUUCACCAAAUUAAAUUUGUAUCCAUUUGUUCCACGCAGAUCAUAAGCUCGGAUCUGUUCAGUCAUUUGAAGCAAAUGCAUGGGAGAUCUUAUGAAGAAUUUAUGAAAAGCAAGUUGAUUCCAAUAAUUGGAGAAAUUGGAGAAGAAAAUCUGGGGAUCGGAUCUGAAGUAGCAGCCAAUAUUAGUGGCGAGAUUGAUGUCGUUAUCAGCUGUGCAGGUCGCACGACAUUUGACGACAGAUACGACCUUGCUAUAAAUGUCAACGCUCUUGGACCUGGUCGGCUCUUGAGCUUUGCCAAAGACUGCAAAAAACUGAAACUCUUUCUCCAUAUCUCAACUGCUUAUGUGACUGGCAAGAAAGAGGGAACAGUACUAGAGACUCCUCUCUGCAUUGGAAAAAACAUAACUUCUGACUUGAACAUCGAACAUGAGCUGAAAUUAGCUUCAGAAGCUGUGAGAAAGUUGCAUGGCAGUGGAGAAAUCAAGAAGCUGAAAGAACUUGGUAUCCAAAGAGCUCAGCACUACGGCUGGGAAAACACUUACACGUUCACAAAAGCAAUGGGUGAGACAUUAAUCCAAACCAUGCGAGAAGAUGCGCCUGUAGUGAUCAUAAGGCCUAGUAUUAUAGAAAGCUCUUACAAGGAGCCUUUCCCUGGCUGGCUCCAAGGAAUAAGGAUGAGUGAUCCAAUAAUCUUGGCCUAUGGCAAAGGCCAGAUCUCUGGCCUCUGGGGAGAUUCUCAAUCUUUCGCGGACAUUAUACCUGUUGAUAUGGUUGUGAACGCAACAAUAGCAGCAAUGGCAAAGCAUGGUUGUGGAAACUCCGAUCUCAAAGUUUACAACGUCACUUCUUCUCAUGCGAAUCCCCUACGAGUUGGCGAGUUGAUGGACCUCUGUUAUCAACAUCUGUAUGACUUUCCAUUGACAGUGAUAGACUUAGCGCGAAUGAAAUUCCACAGUUCCUUAGAGAGCUUCACCUCCUCUGUAUUCGACAUAAUAGCAAAACAGGAAAGAGGAACUAAGAAUGAAGGUGGAGAAGCAGAAGAGUCACAUACCACAUUGAGCUUCAAGGGAAGAGGGAUACUAAACUAUUUUGUGUCCCUAGCAAGAACAUAUGAGCCUUACACAUUUUUUCAAGCUCGGUUUGAUGACACCAAUACAAGGAGUCUUAUUCAGGAGAUGUCAAUGGAAGAGAGAAAAAUAUUUGAGUUCGAUAUCAAAAGCAUUGAUUGGGAGCAUUACAUUGUGAACGUUCAUCUUCCAGGUCUCAAAAGAGAAAUCUGUAAGGAAAACUCAAGUUGAAA